UAUAAUUUAGUAGAUAAACAAACGCGGAUAAGAACGCUUGCGCAAUAGUGUUUUAAAAAUAUCUACGUUAUAGAAAUAUAUUUCGCGUAUGUCUAUUUCAUCGUAGUAUUCUUUCAUAAUGAUAAAAUCAAUACCAUAUCUUAUUUCAAAUUUAAAUAAGGUUAAUAUUCUCUCUCAAGCAAAAUACACAACAAGCGUCCUUCCACAAUUUUCAUCAGAAAAAUAUACCGUGAAAAGGAAAAAAUUUGGCAUUUUAAAAUCAGCAGAUGUUGAAUAUUUUAAAUCUGUUUUAAGUGAAGAUCGGGUACUGACCGAUGAAUCAGAUGUUCUUCCUUUUAAUAUCGAUUGGAUUAAAAAUUGUAGAGGGCAAUCGAAAAUAGUUUUGAAACCUAAAACAACAGAUGAAGUGUCUCGGAUCCUAUCGUAUUGCAACAACAAACGUUUAGCAGUAUGCCCUCAAGGCGGCAACACCGGACUGGUCGGGGGUUCAGUUCCAGUUUUCGACGAGAUUGUCAUAAACCUUGCCUAUAUGAACAAUAUUAUCAGCUUAGAUGAUAUAUCAGGUGCCUUAGUAUGUGAAGCGGGGUGUAUUUUAGAAAAUCUAGAUGACUAUGUUCGCGAUCACAACCUUAUUAUGCCGUUGGAUCUCGGCGCUAAAGGCUCGUGUCAUAUCGGUGGGAACAUCAGCACCAAUGCGGGAGGCCUGAGACUACUCAGAUAUGGCAAUUUGCACGGGUCAGUUUUAGGGAUCGAAGCUGUGAAAGCAGAUGGCACUGUUGUGGAUUGUCUACGAACUCUUAAGAAGGACAACACGGGGUACCACUUAAAACACCUAUUCAUAGGUUCCGAAGGCACAUUGGGAGUUGUUACUAAAGUCGCUAUUCACUGUCCCGCCCUACCCAAGGCCGUGUCUCUUGGUUUCUUCCGUGUAAAGAAUUUUGAAAAUCUUCUUAAACUAUACAAAAGUGCCAAGUCGUCUUUGGGAGAAAUACUUUCAGCGUUCGAAAUGGCGGACAAUAGUUCAAUUAGCUUAACUAUUAAAAAUUUCAAACUUUCAAACCCAAUAGGUGACUACCCGUUCUAUGUGCUGAUAGAGACGCACGGCAGUGACGAGACCCAUGAUAAUGAGAAGCUGACCCGAUUCCUCUCCCAAGAGAUGGAGAGUGGACUAAUAUUGGACGGGACUGUCACCUCCGAGCCUGCUAAAAUUAAGAAUAUCUGGCACAUCCGGGAGAGUAUAGCGGGUGCGGCUUUAGUGGACGGCUACGUAUUUAAAUACGACGUGUCGCUCCCGUUGCGCAGCUACUACGACCUCGUGCUCACGCUGCGGUCUCGUGUCGGCAACCGCGCGCUCGUCUACGGAUACGGACACGUCGGCGACGGUAACAUUCACAUAAACGUGAGUGCGUCGGAAUACAGUAAAGAGUUAUACGCGAUAUUGGAGCCAUUUAUCUACGAAGAGGUCGCGAAGGUCGGAGGAUCGAUUAGUGCGGAACAUGGUGUUGGAUUUAGAAAGCCACAGUUCAUACAUUACAGCAAAGACAAGACGGCGUUACAGCUCAUGAGAGAUCUGAAACAAUCUAUGGAUCCCAAUGGAAUACUUAACCCUUACAAAGUCUUACCAGACGUACCUGAUAUUGAGAAAGAUUGGUCUUAGAGAUAAUAUUUUUAUUUUUAUAAUAAUUUAUAUUUAGCAUCCAACUUUGGGAGCCUAAUUUUUUAUUACGAAUUGUUGAAAAAAAAUAUGAUAAAAAUUUAAAUAAAACACGAAUAUAUUUAAAUGACUUUUAUUAAAAUAUCCAUUUAUUCUUAUAACAUUCAUAAUAUCACUGCAAAAAAAUACAAUGGAAUAUUAUAAACAUACGCCUAAUUGCUUCAAAUAAAUAAAACCGAUAUUGCAUAAACACAUUCAAAAAUUCUUUUAUUAUG